CUCGCAGCUCCCAGCCAGCUCCAGUGCUCAGCGCGCAGCCUGCCUAACGGCUUGCGAGGGUCGGGGCAUAGGGAAGAGAUAGGAAGAGGCCGGAGGUGUGAUGCAGCAGCAAGCUGAUGAGGACGAGCUUGGCUUGUCCUCCGCGGCGUUGGCAGCUCUCAAGGAGUUCGCUCUCGAGAACAACAUGCUUGGCCCGGAAGGAGGAGACGACGACGUUGUAGAUGUGCGGCUCCAGGUGCAGGAGCGUAUGGACGUCAAGGAGAGGACGCACGAGUUUUCCUUCACUUUCGGGGACGAUGGCGACGACGAGCAGGUUUGCAUCGCCCUGGCUGGCGUCAACCCGGAGCUGGGACAGACGCUGGCCAGCACCGGGCUGACGGUGUGGAGGGCUGCCCAGGAGAUGGCCCGCUUCAUGUGGGAACACAGACGGUGGUUCGCAGGCAAACGGGUGGUCGAGCUGGGUGCGGGGUUGGGGCUGUGCGGCGUUCUUGCGUCCAAGCUUUGCAUCGGCGGAACGGUUGUGAUAACCGACGGUGGAGAGGAGUUCACAGACUCGGCCAUGGAUGCACUCAGAGCAAACUUGGUAAAGAACUCGUGUAACCUGCUGGCCCAGUCGCCGGCGAGAAACGGCAGCAAUGCUGCCGUUGGUGGUCGUGAUGCUACUGCUGCUGCUGCUGCUGCGGCGGCGGCGGCCGAGAGUGAGGCGCGGGUGGCGUUGGAGAAGCUAACGUGGGGAGAGCACGAGGCUUUCUUGGGGCGGAACGGGGGUGGAAGCGACCGAACCACCGACGGCGUCAAUGACGGAGAUCACCAAGAAGGGCGGGGAGGGUUCGACUUUGUCGUAGCGGCCGAUGUUAUAUACGAGGAAGAAGGGGUCAGCCCGCUGCUGCGCACCGUGGUCGACAUUCUCAGGCUGAGAGCAGGAGAGCGCAGCGACAGCAAGCACCCCGACCACUGCCCCAGCCCUUCUCCGGCGGCAGCGGCACCGAAAAACGAGAAUGAGGAGCAAGACCCGCCGCAGCCCGAGUCUCCCGGGCCAGCACCCUCGUCUUGUCUCCGACGCCAAGCCUCGUCGCCUUCGGCGCCGCCAUGCCUCUCUCCUGCUCCGACGGAGUCGACUUUUUUGCUGGCCUUCGCCCGGCGCAACAUCUCGAUCGAGCGAGUCCUGGGGGAGGCUGAGAGCCUCGGCCUCGCGUGGAGGGUGCCAGAUGACUUCGAACCCGCCAGCGCCUCCGAGAACAUUUAUCUCAUGAGUCUUCGGUGACGGGGGUCGGGGCGGCCGUUGGUUCGAUGCUUGCGAGACAGCGGGAAGGGGUUCUACUCUACAGUUGUGGUUGCGUGUGGUGUAGGUGCUUGGUUGGUGAAGAAAUGUUGUUUUGUUGUUGUCCUCGUCUUGCCUCGAUUACCGUUGUUGAAGCAGUUUGCUAGUUCUGCGCACUGUAUCGUUGGUUGGGCGACACAGGUUUGAAACCCCGUGAUAGUUGUUGUGUCGUGUAUUGUAUUUGAUGGGUGCUUACGAGAGAGCUGGUGGGCACAACUACUGAGGUACUGCUGUAAUGGCAACAUGGCGUAACUGGUCCGUGCGGCACCGCUUUCGCCGUGCCUCGGCGACGAGUCUUCUUUGGCCACUGAACGGGGUCGUGAUGUGUAUUGGCAUGACCCCCUCGGGUAGAUGGUGUCAGACGUUAGCCGAAUUUGUCUUUACUCUGCUCCGGUUGCGGCCAAUUAACAACCACCGUUCGUUUCUGCGGCUGUAAUGGUGCUUGAAAUGCAGGGAUAUAGUAAGGCGGUGUGCUGAACACUGGCGGCCCUCCUAUGUGAUCGAAACCUCGAAUGUAUCGCGGCCG